AUGUCCACCGUCGACGACGAUGCGCUGCACCACCCAGCCGACCAGCACGGGAGGAGCGCCGUUCCAGGCCAACGCCGCCUGAAAUCGGGUCGAAGGAUCCUUCGAUUCGAGCGUUUAUUCUUCUUUUUAUUUCCCACCAGGCAGGCUCAUAAGCCAGCUGCCGCCCCGCCGGCAUCAUCGCCGCCCAUUAUCGAGCUCCAAGCUUCAACUCCUCCAAGACCGCGAACUGCACCAAACGCAUCUUCUGCUGCCCUCGUCACUGCUGCAGCGUCUGCAAUCGACAUGCCGCACUCACAUGAGCAUCCUCUUGAUAUUGUGCUCCAUGACGAGGCCGCAGUCUUGCGAGGCAUCGGCGUCGAUGUCGCCAGUGCUACUAUCCGCGGUUUCGUCCGACUCUAUCUUCAAGAGGCUACAGAUAUCAAGACGAUUAUUAUUCGUUGCACCGGAAAGAGUCGCGUCGCGCUCGUGCAAAAGGACGGCUCGCAUACCCAACCACACACAAUUAUUCACUAUCUCAAAGAGGUCGAUCUCCUCGAGGGAGACAAGACGCACCCACACACGAUUAAAGCUGGCGUGCAUGAUUUUCCAUUCUCCUUUGAGCUCGAUGGUUCACUCCCCGCCUCGAUCAAUGCAAACUUUGACCUGGCUGCUAUCGAGUACAAACUGCGUGCAAUCGCUGUUCGACCCUCGUUUUCGCACAACUUUACCAUGCUCAAAGACGUAACGGUCGUCCGGUCGUUUUCACCAGAGACGCUCGAAAUAGAAAACUCAUGGCCUGAAAAGAUUCAAUACGCGGUGAUUCUUCCGCACAAGGCCUGGGCUGCUGGUGACCACAUUUCCGCCGUCCUCAAGUUUAUUCCGCUCGCAAAGGGCGUCAAGGUUGUCAAUGUCCGCAUGGGUCUGCAGGAAAAGGUCAAGACGGUCUGGAAAUCGUCUAUUCAUGAAGAAGUUCGCGUCGUCUGCUCUAAAAAGCAAAAACUCGCGCACGGACGACCGUCUCCUAGGCGCUCCCCAUCGCCCACAGAGGAGCCACCAUCGGCCAAUGCAGAGACGAAUCGACGACCUGGGACGUCAUCAUUUUUCCGUCGCGUCGGUUCGCGUGUACAGUCGCGGGAGAACCUGCUAGGAAUCUUCCGUACCAGAACAGGAGGAGACGAUACACCGCCGAGCGCUCCGAACUCGCCGCCGCCACGACGAUUAUCGAGCGGUUCGGAGAGCUCUUAUUUACGCGCGGCUUCGCCACAAGGGUCUGAUGGCGAGAAUGAAGACGUAGAAAUGAUUAUGCGGAUGCGAAUUCCUACCGACGCGACCCCGUCGCAUAACAUUGGACCCGUGUUUGUUUCGCACCGCAUCAAGUGGGACGUCCUUAUCUCUAAUCUUGAUGGCCAUUUCAGCGAGCUCCGAUGCUCAUUGCCCAUUCACCUGCUUGCAAAAGAGGUUCUGGAAGAAACGUUGGCUGCAACAAAUGCCACACGCACGGCUCUUUUGGGCGAAGAUCACGGCGUGCAAGUCCAAGAAGUCAUCCUCCCUGCUUAUCACGACCACAUCCGGGAUCGAGUCGCCAUUGCCGGUCUCACUGAGCAUGCGCUCGCUACCAACCCUCUCAACGCGAUGAGCACCCCUGCAACGCCAGAAGCAAACCUUGUCGCCUCUCUCCCUUCUUCCUAUGGUGCCUCAUCCAAUAUGCCCGCUCAAAUCGCUAGCUCCGCUGUUCCGAGGGUCACAUCACUUCCAGAUGCCUCUGAACGUGGUCGCCUACGAGGUUCCAGGGCGGCGACAGCCCUUCCGGAUCCUCACGCCAGUGAACUGUACCUGUCACUCGGACGACGUCCUGAUACGGCAAACUCUCAAGGUGCCGAGGGUGGCAGCCAUCCUCCGUCACAAUCGUCGAGCCGUGCAUCCAGUCCCGAUCGCAUGGGCGAUGGUUCUGGAUCAUCUAGGGCCUCAAGACAUGCUUUUUCUAUUCGUCCCUUGACCUCUGUGUUCAAGAGCAAGGCAUCGAGUAGUGCUUCGUCAUCGAAUCCAAACUCUCGUCCUGGCUCGUCCCACAAGAAACAUCGCGCAACCUUUUCUCGCUCCUCGAGCGGUAUUUCUGCACCAUCUUCUCCUGAAGCUAUACCACCGCUCCCGCUGCCUCGAUCGCGCGGCUCCAAUUCGCCCACUUCGACCCAGACGUCCGCUGCGACUUCGGCGACGACGAAUUCGACCGUGGAAUAUUACUACGACGCCGUUCCUUCGUAUGCAUUUGCUGCGCAGGGUUUCCUUGGAGGCGGAAUCACGCCUCUGACGUCCCUCCGUGGUCUCCCAUCGUAUAACGAAGCGCAGCGUUCCCGUACCGGCUCACCGCAGACGAGCACGGUUAAUUCUGCCGCGUCGCAAGACUCGAGUUCGUCUGAGGAGUUUGUCAUUGCGGGCGACUUUUUGGUGUACAAGUUUCCCCUCUGGUCAUGGCAAAAGGGCGACGCGAAGCCUCGCGAGCAUCUUCCGGCUGAUAAACAGUAUUUGUUGCUGCAGGGAGCCCCGUGCCCUCGACGAGCAACGUCUCUCGUCUAUACGGACGCCGAGGAAGACGCUGAGAAGAUGCUGAACAUGGGCGGUGCGGCGCAGGAAGACGAGUGGGUCCAGACACAUGCAGGCAGAGCUCCGCCAGUCUCGAAUCCGGAUCACAUCGACGAUAUUCCAGACGAUGACGCCGUUGCUGCAGAGAUGCAGAAUAUGAACCUCAAGGGCAACGAGAUGCCUUCUGCGGAUGAGAUUCCCGAUAUGGAGGAAGAGGACUUGGAAGACGCGCUCAACAGCAAUAUCGUUGCCUCUGCCAAGGCUGCUCCAGUUGAAGCGGGAGGAGCUAAUAUCCAGAAGACGCGAAAGUACGACGCGAUGAUCACUUAUGACAAACUCUAUCAGACACCUCGUCUUUGGUUAUUGGGUUAUGAUGAGGACGGAACUCCUCUUAAACCGCAGCAAGUGUUCGAGGACGUGUCCGCCGAUCACGCGAAUAAGACUGUCACAAUUGAACCAUUCCCGCACUCGACGUCGCUUACAUUGGCAUCUGUACACCCUUGCAAGCACGCGUCGGUGAUGAAGAAGGUUAUCGAGCGCAUGAACGCAGGCAUGGUCGAGGAGCAGCGCAAGUCACAUCAAACUGCGGGUCCAUCGACACCAGUAGCUGCCGCCUCGAGCUCAACUGGCACAAAGAGAUGGCUAGGUGGUGCUCUACGAAAAGUGACUGGGAGUGGGACGUCGACACCAGCCAAGAGCCCCGUUUCGGAGUCACCCGAAGGUGAAGAGGGGAUGAGAGUAGAUUGGUAUCUCGUCGUGUUCCUCAAGUUCCUCUCGUCGAUCGUGCCGACGAUCGAACUCGACUCUACCAGCUCUGUUUAA